CGCUUCCAUGAUGCUGAUGGAGGGAAAACGUUUAUUACCGCUGGAACUACAUAAAUACAUCCACUGACCCUGUGUUUGACUCUGAGUAAAGGGAGCGCCACCAGUAAGAGCUAGAAAACUGGUAAAAUGGCAUUACUCAUGCCGAAUCCAAGUAACGGGAUACUCAAAUGAAGCGCGUGAAUCCAAAUUAGGAGUUAGAAUUAAAAGAAUACAUGGGAACGUGAAUAGCUAGGAAAAUUAGAAAUUAUAAAAAUACAUCAUACUGGUAUGUUUAGAUUUAUUCAGUAGAACUGACUGACUUACUACACUUAUUCAGUCAGAAUGGUGAGGUUUUUCUGUUUGACAUGCUAUUUUUCUCAUUUUGACACAGUAACAGAUUGGUGAGUUUAAUGUCAUUUUUUAAUUCAAUUAAUUAGUUAUUAUCUACCCUUUACCUACUCCCUCCUUACAAAUACUGUAUCUUCGUGACAUGUAUUUCCUUGUUUUUUUAUGGUUUCCUGGCUGGUCUUAUUAUCAUACAGUGUGAAAUGGAAGGAUUUGUGGCCUUAAGCGAGUGAAACCCAAUUCCUUUGUCGGACCCCAUACAAUGCUACAUUUGAUGGUGUCUUGACUGAAUCCUUCAAUAUAGAAUAUCUUGCCUAUAGCGACUAAGCUGUUUUGUUCUCAGGCCAUCUGACUUGCACCUUCCCCAAGUUGCAGCUCGCUUCACUAUCACUGGAUAUUUGCCUCCAAUGGGAGGGAUCAGAUGGAGGUAUUUCAACCACCACAGAUACCAGAUAGUUUUAAGAAACAAUAAAACAGUUAGGAGUGAAGCAUUUUAGAAAGUUAUCAGAAGUCGUGAAGUGUGUUUAAAAGGGUUUGAGGAGCGUUUUAAGACACAGAGGUAAAGAAUGGACGCUCUGAAGUGGCUGGGGAUUUUUGUCUUGCUGGGCAUCUGCUCAAAGGCUGCAGCCCAAGCUUUACAAGUGUCCGUGUUCUCAGUAACAACAAAGAGCGCAAUUCUAAAAUGGACCAGGUUCUCCGGAGCCACCUCAUACAGGAUCACCGUCGCCCCCAAAAGCUCACCUAACAACCAAAUAGCUUUUGCAACGUUUGGUCCAAACACAGUGCUGGGCUCUGUCAACUCUCUGUCCGCAAACGUCAUGUACACAUUCACACUUGAAGCCCUGAAUAGUUCCCAAGAAGCAUUGAACGCUGCAACUGUUGAGUCAUCCACAGCUCCUAAUGUGAUGGAUACCAUCCAGACAGUGAAGACGAAGGAUAGCGGCACCUUGAUGGCGUCGUUCAACUUGGAGACAGGGGCGACUGAUUACAUCAUACGAAUCCAGACUACAGAUGGCUUCUUCAGAGAGGACACGGUGUCUUCCACCCCGGCUGAGAUUAAGAACCUCAAACCAUACACUGAGUAUACGCUCAGCAUCAUGUCUGUCAACAGUGGAGGCCGGAGCCAGCCGUGUCUUCCUGUGACUGCAAAGACAGUUUUGCCUCCUCCUCAGCUCCUCGCCUCCUCUCCCAGCAAUGACAGCAUCAUCGUAUCCUGGGAAGCUGUUGCUAACGCUGUCCAGUACACCCUAUCUACACACCAUGUUGGCACAAACACCAGCGUGAGGCACAAUACCUCCAGCACCAAUCUGACCAUCUCUGGCCUCGAUGCUGCCUCUCUGUACGCCAUUGAGGGUUUCGCAUGGGACCCCGAGGGCCGAGCAGGGGAGGCCAGUCUGAUCAUCAACCAGACAACACGAUCUCCAUCACCACGUUGUGCCAACGUCUCCAUGGUGAAGAGUAACGGUGUGGCAGGACUUUCUGUGUCCUGGGAACCCAAUCAGGAGCUUUAUGGAUCCAUUCAAUACCAAGUGAUGAGUGACCAGAACCUCACCUGUAACUCCACAUCCACCUCCUGCAUCAUGCUGCCAAUCUUGUGUGGGGAAGUACACACCAUCCAGAUCACUGCCGCCAACGACGCAGGGCUCAGCCUGCCAUCCAGCCCCGUCGUGUUCACCAGCUUCCCUUGUCCACCAGACUCUUUGGCUCUCGUGGAGUCAACUGAAGGAAACUGCACGCUGACUUGGCACACGGCGCCGCAUGCCGACAGCUACCAGGCCUUUAUCAACAAAGGCGACGGCGCCGAGGAGACCUGCAACACCACCGGCAACAACUGCACCUACCACUGCAUGUGUGGCUACACGUACUUGAUGUCCGUGUCCGCCCUCAACCGGGCUGGCAGCAGCCCGCAAGGGCAGAUCCUCAACUAUACCACCUUGCCCUGCUGUCCAGAGGAGGUGUCGGUCUCCGCGGUGAGCACUGACACUCUGGAGAUAACGUGGACGGCCUCCCGGGGGGCACAGCUGUACGAGACUCGAGCCACAGCCGACUCACAGGUCAUCCUGUGCAACGACACAGCGCCGGUGUGCGCCCUCUCUGACCUCCGCUGCGACAGUCCGUACAGCGUGCAGGUGACGCCCUGCAGUGAAAUCAGUGGAUGCAGCCGUGGAUGCAAGGCUCACACCAAAAACACUGCUCCCUGCAUGCCGACGAAUCUGAUGUUAGAUCUGAAAAAUUCAUCCCGGGUCAGCGUCAGCUGGACAGCAAACAACAGCGGUGCUAAUUACACUGUGAGCGCCUUGGGGGGCGACGCCGAACACACCUGCAGCACCAGCGGAAACCGCUGCGACAUCACUGACCUUCCCUGCGGAUCCGUGUAUGAGAUUAGCGUCAGAGCAACCAGCCUCUUCGGCCAGAGUUUACCCAGCUACUCUGACUCCCUGGAAACAGAACCCUGUUGCCCGGUCAGUCUAACAGUCGAUCAGGUGACGCAGGCCGUGACCAACGUCUCAUGGUCUCACGCAAAAGGAGCGCAUUCGUUCAUCACCUCUCUGACAUCAACGCGUGGUCACGCCCGCUGCCACACCCAGGACCCCCACUGCCUCAUGGGAUGCAUCACCUGCGGGACCAACUACACCGUCACCAUGGAGGCGUUCAGCCACAGCGGGCGCGCUUCCAACUGCUCCUAUCAGGGCUUCUCGUCCAGCGCCUGCUGCCCGUCAGGCGUCCGGCUCUACGUGAUGAACGGUAACUCUCUACGGGUUUACUGGCGCAGCGCUGGUAGCAGCCACAGCUACGUCACAGAGAUGGUGGGUGGCAGCAACAACUACACCUGCACUGCUUCUUCUGGGGAGAGCAGCUGUGAUGUCGGCAACGUCCAGUGCGGUGACGUUUACAAUGUGGUGGUGGCGCCGCUCACACAAGAGGGCGCCACCACCAACAGGGUCCUGUUCUGCCCCGUGAAACAGUUCUCAGUCACCUGUUCAGGGAGCAAUGUUGGUGCAGUGAUUUACAGAGGGAAGAGAAGUGUGGAAUAGCAUAUGAUGCAGACUUCAUCAGCAUCGUUCAUCCUCGUCUUCCUCGUGCCUCAUCUCUGCUCUCCGAGAAUAAAGCAAUGCUCGUAGCUAAAUAGAAGUGAAACCAGAAGUAAACAUGAUUGUCCAUUGGCCAUGAUACACAUGAUAACAAAUAAAGGGGAAAUACAUGUUUGAGAUACGGUGCAGUGUUGUAAAGAAGCCGUCAUGUAUCACCGCAGAGCUUCUCAUGACGAAACAUUUGAUUCACAAACCAUAAAAAGUGCAUUUGUAUACUGAGACAUUGUAACUUCAUUUAAGUUAUAUAGUCCAUGUAAUAUUGGCUCAAAACCCUCCAAUUGCAUUAUCUAAUUGACAAAAAAUAGAUUCAAUAAGCAAAACAGUAACAGUACCCCGAUAGACAUUUCAAACAAUUUGCCCCUUCAUUUUAAAGAAGUGUCAAUCAGGAAAUUGAACAAAUAAUGUUAUUAAAAUGAAAUUAGUUCUGUUAGUUCCAAGUAGGAAGCCUCCUGAUGAUGAGCGGACACCGAUAUGUGUCAGGUCAUCAUGUGUCACCCUGUUGUAUGAUCUCUACAGUGUGUUGUUGCUUGUUGUCAGGAUGUAUUUGACUGUUCGCUGUGGUUUUGGAAACCGGAUGCAUGUCAGUUAAUAAAGAUUUCCCAGCAUUUCA